GACGGUUGUGUGACGUUGCGUCGUUUUGCUAAAAGCGCGUAGACGGAAUCGAGAAUACCAAAAACGGCGGCGGCGUGAGGUUUGUCAGCUCCGGUAUACCGUACUCGGAGAGCUGCGCAUGCGCUGUGGCUUUGUAUCUGUCAGUCUCUCAAGCAGUACGAUGGACAGCGGGGAGACUCCUGCUCAGCGGCCAGUCACCUUGGACAUCACAGUGGAAGAUGUAACCAAGGAAACCCCAGACCCUUCAGAGGCCACCACCAGUCAGACCCCAUCCAGGGACAUCGUCCUCGCCCAGGAAGACAGCAUCGACCUCGGCGUGGAGUUUUCCACUCCCCAGGAGGACAGCAGUGCUACACCUUCAGAGAGCCUGAUGGACAAGCUCAACGACCAGAUGAUGGAGAGCGUCAUGAUCUCCGACUCGCCGAACAACAGCGAGGAGGACGACGUAGCUCCUAUCGAUUCCUUUCUGGAUGCAGGAGAGGAGGAGGAGGCGAACGCACAGGAGCCUCCGGGCGGCAAAGAGGAACAAAGUGAAAUUGGACAGAACACGACGGAGAUCAAAGUGUCGGUGGAGGACAAGGAGGAAGGCGAUCCCGAGCAGAGAGUGGAAGAGGACACAAAGGAGCAGACGGAGGCGCAAGAGCAAGUCACAGCCCAGGUCUCACUUCAAGGUGACGCCCAGAGCCCAUCUGAGCUCGAGAGUGAGGAACCGGCGAUGAAAGAAGUUAAAGAGACGAGCUCCAAAGACGAGCCUGUGCCGGUGUGCACCAUAUUCAGCCAAGGCACCCAGCCCAAGUCUCUGGUGCCUGACGGUUUCCAGCCCACUCUCAUCAAGUCCCCCAGCUUCAGCAUGGGGAGUGGUGGGGGGAGCGCUGAGGCAGUGACCCCCAGCAAGUUGACGGCACCCCUUGUGUGCCAGCCGAGCCCCAGCCUCAGUAAGUUCUUCACGGACAAUGGACAGGUCAAUCCAGCCUCCGACUUCUUUGAUUCCUUUACAGUGGCCUCCUCCUUCAUCUCUGUUUCAAACCCAAACGCUGAGAUGUCUCCUGGUCCCAACCCGGCGCCCAUAGCCCCGACUCCUGAGCGCCAGCUCUCUUCCACCUCCUCCUCCCUCUCCACCCCGGGAGGACCUCUUGACUCUGGUGCUCCCACUCCUAGCUCAGUGUUUGGCCCUGCCCCUACCGAAUCCACAGUCAAGCCCCAACCUCCUCCACCCCAAGCAGUCCCAGCCCCAACUCAAGCCCCUGCCCCAGCUGCUCAGCCGCAGCCCUUCAACCAGCUCCAGGCUGUGUUCUCGGGCAGCGACGACCCAUUUGCAACAGCGCUGAGCCUGAGUGAGGUGGACAGGCGCCAUGAUGCCUGGCUGCCCUCUGAGGAGACCAGGAAGGUGUUGAUCUCUGUGGCCACCCAGCAGUAUAACCCAGCAUAUGUAGAGACCAACAGACUUACCAUGCCUGGACUCAAGUUUGACAACCUGCAGGGCGAUGCCGUUAAAGACCUAAUGCUUCGUUUCCUGGGAGAGCAGGCAGCAAUGAAGCGCCAGGUCCUCACCGCCAACUCUGUGGAACAGUCCUUCACAGGCCUCAAACAGCUCAUUAGCAGUAAGAACUGGCGGGCUGCGGUGGAUCUGACAGGCCGGCUGCUGACAGUUCAUGGUCAGGGAUAUGGAAAGGCUGGCCAGCCAACUUCCCACGUCCCCGACUCACUGCAGCUCUGGUUUGUGCGGCUGGCUCUCCUCACCAAACUAAACCUCUUCCAAAAUGCUGAGCUGGAGUUUGAGCCCUUUGGCAACCUGGAUCAUCCAGACCUGUACUAUGAGUUUUACCCCGCUGUUUACCCCGGGAGAAGAGGCUCCAUGGUGCCGUUCUCCAUGCGGCUGCUGCAUGCCGAGCUUCCCCAGUACCUGGCCAAACCCCAGGAGGCUCUGGACCGCCUGCACAAUCUCAAAACCGUCUGCCUUGCUAUCCUGGAGAACUUGGAGAAAGGCUUGGCUGAGGAUGGCAGCAUGAUCACCCUAACACAGGAGAACAGGCAAGUGUCUCUUAAGCUGUGGAGGUCUCGCCUCAGCCGGGUCAUGUACUCCAUGGCCAACUGUCUGCUGCUGAUGAAGGACUAUGUUCUCGCAGUGGAGACCUAUCACUCCAUCAUCCAGUAUGAACCCCAGCAGAGAGUGCAGCUGCUCAGUGGCAUAGGACGCAUCUUCUUGCAGAUCGGAGACAUUAAAACGGCAGAGAGGUACUUCCAGGAUGUGGAGAAAGCCUGCCAGAUGAAAGGGAGCCAGCCCAGUCACACCACAUGUGUGCUAAUGAACAGGGCCUUUGUCUACCUCAGUCAGAACAACUACGGUGAAGCACACGCAUCCUUUAUUGAAGUCCUGAAAAUUGACCCGAAAAACCCUGUUGCCAACAACAACGCAGCAGUGUGCUUGCUGUAUCUAGGCCGUCUGAAGGAGUCCCUGGGCCAGCUGGAGGGCCUGGUGCAGCAAGACCCCGCGUUCUACCUCCACGAGAGCGUCCUCUUCAACCUGACCACUAUGUACGAGCUGGAGUCGUCCCGCAGCACCCAGAAGAAGCAGGCUCUGCUGGAGGCCGUGGCCUGCCGGGAGGGGGACAGCUUCAACACACAGUGUCUCAAACUGGUCUAAGAGGCAAAGAAGUUGAACUGGGAGAGGACACGCACACUACGGCCUUCUCCUCUGAUGUGACAGGAAGUUAAACCCUAACAGUGGAAUCUGUAGAGGAGUGGAAAGCAGUAGCUUCUAUGAGAGUGUGAUGACAGAAAGGUGAAAGCUUUGGUUUUGUUAGUUUGGUUUGGUUUCUCAAAGCAAGCUGAUACAAAAUCUUUCAGGGGUGGCUUUAUGUUCCUCUGAAGAGUGACUCACAUAUUCACAUAUUUACUUACUGUAACAGAAUUAGUGGCCAGCUCACACACAUUGCUGGACUGAUAUUCUAGUAAACCUGAUGACCCUAAAAAAGGUCCUGCAUGUGCAGGAUGCAAUGUAACAUUUUUAGAUAGAACACCCACUUCUUUGCUUUCUUGUUGCGAGUUAGUCACUCUCAUGUCUGUACGGUAAAUAUAUACUAAGAAGCAAUUAGCUUAGCUUAGCAUAAAGACUGGAAACCAUGGAUACAGCAUCAAAGGAGGGGUUUCCGUUCAUUCCUGUGAAGUGAUGCAUGAA